AUGAACUACAAUUACAUAUCAAUAAUAUUAUUAUAUUUAUUGUUUUUAUUAGCGCAUGGAUUUCAACCUCCGAAAAUAAUUGUUGAAGAAGCGGAAAUUCAAGAAAAUGAACUUAUUGGACGAUUUGUUGAGUUGAAAGAAGGAGAAAAAUUAGUCUUGAAAUGUACAGGAAGAUUUGGUGAGUUUUUGUUUCAAUUUAUUUUAGUGGCCAAUAAAGAAUAUUAUAAUUUUUAAUAUUUUCAGAAGAUCUCCAGUUUGCUUUCCCUGAUCUUGAAGACAAUAAAGGUUAUGAUAAGAAUGAUUUUGAUUCGCGAAAAUCUACAUUUGAAGAUGAAGAAUUUCAAGAUCUAGUCUUGGAGCUGAAUGAUCUCAAAACAUCAGACACGGGUUCAUAUGGUUGUCGAUCAGAAGAACACUCAUCAUUAAAUGAUACAAUUCACGUGUUCGUAAAAGGAGAUUCAGUUUUUCUCCCAUUGAAAUCAGAUGGUUUUUCCUAUCAUCAAGGAGAAAUUAUUGUUCCAUGUAUGUCGACGAGUUUUCUUGAUCGGCAACAAAUUGAACUUUAUCGCAAUGGAGAAUUGAUUAAAGAUGCGUGGAAAGUUUAUAAGCAUGGGUGAGUUUUUUUUUAAACUUUUUCGAAAAUUUUUUCUAAUUUGGAAAUGUUUUCAGAGUCGGUUUCAAAUUAACCAAAAAAAUGGUAGACGUUAAACCAAUUCUUCACAUGCCAUUUGAAUGUAAAUUCACCGGAAGUCCUGAAGAAUCAGUGACUUAUUUAAUUUCGGAAGAUAAAGAAUCCUCAAAUUCACCCGAUGAUUAUCAAUUGACCUGGGAUGAACCAAUGGUUUGGCCAUAUGUUGGAUUUAAUUACACGAUUAACUGCCAGCUUAAAUUUCUUGGCAAAGAUUUUACCUAUUAUCUCAAUAGAUUGAAUGUCACCUGUCCGCGAUGCUCCAAUGUUGCACAGGUUAGUUGUGUAAUUGCAGAUGGUAUUUUGUAAGUAAUUGAUACCUUCAAAAGGUUUAGCUGUUUAAUGAAGGAGGAAUGAGGGCGUAAGACAAUUAUAAAAGAAUAUGCACAAAAUUUUUGAUCAUUUCAGAAAACUUAUUGAAUGCAAAAAAUGUUUUUCAAUGAAAAAAUACCAGACAAUUUUAAUUUUAAAAUUUGGAAAUUUUUGGUUCCCUGAAUUUUGAACAAAUUUUCAUGUUUUUUCUUUCAGCAAAAACGUAAACGCGAUGGAAAUGUGAUCAUAGCUUCAAUUCAAAUUGAAUCCUUAACUCCGGAAGAUUCUGGAAAUUACACUUGCACAUGGGAAAAUGAUGAUAUGGCAGAAUGGACACGUACAAUUCACAAACAAAUCAAUAUUGCACCCAAAAUUGGACAAAUCAGAAUUGUAUAUCGUAGUGAACCAUUAGUCAGAGUUGCGCAAGGUGAAGAGAUCAAAUUAUCGGCGCAGAUUGCUGCGUAUCCUAUUGAUAAAGCUGAAUAUCGAGCGGUUUGGAUCAGGGUUUGUAUUUUUUUUCGGAAUUUAUGAACAGUUUUUAAAAUUAUUUUUUUUUCAGAAAUACAGUUCACCUGGAAAAGAGGGUAUCGAACAAAGUGAAACAUUGAUAACUGAUGAUGGCAAUAUCUCAACUGAUAAUAAAUUUGAAGAUUCGAUAUUUGGCGAAAUAUUGACAAUUAACGGAGCUCUAACUAAUGCAAAAAUGAGUGGAACCUAUAUGCUUUCGAUUGUUCAUAACGGAACUGUUGAAAAUAUUGAGUGGCAAGUUGCUGUCGAAAAUCCAGAAGCUGAACCAAGAAUUGAUAUUCGUGAACCAUCUUCAUUUGUUGUAUUCGAACAACCAUUUUAUCCACCAAACACUCAUUUUCAUAUUGAUUGUCUUUCGAUUUCAAUUCCACCAGCUGAUACAAUUAUGCAGAGUAGAAAAUUGAACAGUGGUGAUUCAUUUGUUGAUAUUGAUCAAGAUGAAUUGGCAGCAGUUAGUGGAACAUUUGAAAGUGGAUAUACUUGGAAUAAAAAAAUCGAUGAAGAUAUUGAGAUCAAGUGUGAAGCAACGCGUGAUGGCAAAAUAACAUCUGUCACCAAACAGCUUCGAAUUGCUGACAAAGAGCCGACAUCGGGACAUAUCAUAAUAAAGAGCUCAAAAGCGACAACACUUGAAUCACAAAAGGAAAUUUAUGAGGGCGAUGGGGUCAAGUUCAAUUGUACUGUACCACACGCAACCACUUGGACUGUCAAUUGGGUGUUUAAUGAUGUUAAUCUACCAACAACUACUGAAAUUCAUGGACACACCAAAAUCUUUUAUGCUAUUUUAGAGUAAGUUAUUUCGAAAUUUAUUGCUUUUUCCUAAAUUUAAUUUUUUUAGCAAUGUUAAUCCAACAAAUGAUGGUGAUUAUACAUGUUUAGUAACCGAUGGAACUCAAGAGAAAAGAUUGAUUCAAUCAAUCAAAGUUGAAUCUGUGUCGAAACCUUAUCACACAAAAUCAGAUCCAGAAAAACCAAUUGUAAUUGAAUAUGGACAAUCAGCGACUUUAGAAUGUCAUCUUCUUGGAAAACCAAAGCCAACAAUUGAAUGGAUUAAAGAUGGUGAUAUUUAUAUGCAUGGUGAUACAGUCAACACUUCUCUUGAAAUUAAUCGAGUUCGCGCUGAAGAUAAUGGUGAAUUUAUUUGUCGAGCAACAAAUCGAGCUGGUAUCACUGAACAGAAAAUCAAAGUCGAUGUGAUUGGCUCACCAGAGCAAAGUUCUCGACUCCUCAAAGUUGGCUUGACAUUGGGAUUGCUCUUCGCGAUUUUUGUCAUUUUUGCCUGCUGUAUUGUAUUAUUACGAUUACGCUCGAAAUCCAAAAAACAAUCUGAGUAAGUCAUAUCUUUUCAAUUUAGUUAAUUUAUUCUAAUAAUUUUUUUUAGCGCCCUUGCUCAACUCUAUGAACAUUUCAUGAAGACACAAACUGGUCCACCAGCAGAAGAAGCAAUUAAACUUCCACUUGAUCAACGAGUCUAUCAACUUCCAUAUCGAACUGAAUAUGAAUUGAAUCCGGAAUCUGUUGAAACUGGAAAAGUGGUAUGUUUUUUUUCUAAAAUCAAAUUGGCUCUACCGCAAUUUAUUCGUGUGUACUUCUCUCGGAAUUCACAGCAAGUUUAGACUUGUUUGAAAUCUCUUGAAAAUCGUAACACAAUAUGUUUUUUUCAGCUUGGAAGUGGAAAUUUCGGAAUUGUCUACGAAGGUUGGAUCAAAAAACGAAGUAUUGUAAACGAAGCUCAAACCUGUUCACGUCUCCAUGUUGCUAUCAAAACUCCUUUGAGUGGGUACAAUGUGAAUCAACAAAGAAUGUUGGGCGAAGAAUUGAAAGUGAUGUGUGCCAUCGGAAAACAUCCAAAUGUUCUUGCUCUUGUUGGAGCUGUAACUAAAAGUAUGAGAAAGUGAGUUGCCCUAUAUUCUUUUAUAUUUUUUAUCUCAUAUUGAUGUUUAGGGGUGAACUUCUUGUGGUUGUUGAAAUGUGCGAUAUGGGAAAUCUUCGAGAUUUUCUCAUCAAAAAUCGUGGAAACUUUGUGAACGAAUUGAAAAGUGUGCAAGAAAAUGGAGAUGGUGACUAUAUGCAACCAAAAUCCCAACAACGAACCAAAUAUGCUGCUGAAACUGAUCCAAAUUGGGAAAAUCAGCGGCUUCUGGAAGAAGCUGCAAACACUACAAGUGUCAGUACUUCAGAUCUUAUCUCAUUUUCAAUGCAAAUUGCAAAUGGAAUGGAAUAUUUGGCAGGAGUUCCGGUAAGUUCCCAAAAGCUUAUGUUGUUUCCUAAUAAAACAUAUCGAUUUCAGUGUGUUCAUCGAGAUUUGGCGGCAAGAAAUGUAUUGCUAACUUCUAACAAAAUUGUGAGAGUAGCUGAUUUUGGUAUGGCUCGAAAACACGAAGAUAAAAGUUAUUAUCGCAUCAAGAAAAGUAAAGAACUUGCCCUUCCCUACAAAUGGAUGUCAAUUGAAGCGAUUCAAGAAUGGAGAUAUACACAAGAAUCAGAUGUUUGGGCAUUCGGAAUCACUUUAUAUGAAAUCUUCACUCUUGGCGGAAAUCCAUAUCCAUUGACAAAACCAGAUGAUCUUUUGGAUUAUUUGUUGGCUGGAAAUCGGAAUAAGAAACCGCAAUAUUGUCAUGAAGAUAUUUAUGAAUUGAUGAAGAAAUGUUGGGAAGCAAAUCCAACAGAUCGACCAAAUUUUGCAAAUUGUGUAUAUUUCUUGAAGGAGCAUAUCAAAAAAGCAUCUCCACAGGUAUGUUUUAGAUUAUUGUUAUUAGAAAAAAAUUUCACUAUUUUGGAAACUUCAAAAUCUUAUUUCAAUUUGAUGAAAGUCUUACAUAUUCUGAAUUCUAAAGCAAACUGAUGGUUGAAACUGAAAUCGAAAAAAUUCAGUGAGAGUUUUAGAGAAAAAUAUUUUUGAUCUACCAAAAAAUAGUGUCCAAAUUUGUUAUUAAAAUUGAAUCUCCAUUCUUCAAUUAUUUCUUGAUUUUCAGUUACUCGAACGCCUCGAACAAGAUUUGAUCCGCGAAUCAGCAAAACAAGAACAACUCGAAAGCUGGCUCCACGAAGAAGAUCCCGACCCUCGAAUCCUUGCUCAAACUGGUCAAACAACUAGUCCAUCAACCAGUGAAACACAUUAUGUUCAAGAUUUCCCUAGAAAUGUCUAG